UUUCAGUACACUCUUUUUUUGAUAUCUUCACCCUCUCUUCUUUCCUUUACAUUGUUGUCUUGUAUUACUCUCUGUCCUCAUACCCUUUAUUUUCUUCCUUAAAUCUUUGUGGGUUUCUCUAUAAUGGACUCUGCCAUUUUGGAAGAGAAGGAAAAUGGUUGUGUUAGGGCCGAGAUUGAUACUUCUGCUCCAUUUGAGUCGGUCAAAGAGGCUGCAACUCGAUUUGGUGGAAUUGGGUUUUGGAAACCCACUCUUCAAAAGUCAAUUGGGGAUUCUUCUGAGGUUGCUGAAGAGAAGGUUGACAUUGCAAAAGUGGAAGAACAGGCUGUGCAGUUGGAAAAAGAUCUCAUUGUGAAAGAGAGGGAAACACUUGAGGUCUUAAAAGAACUGGAAAGCACUAAAGUUCUGAUAGAAGGGCUGAAAUUUAAGUUGCAGAAGGAGGCAUAUGAGGUAAAUGCUACACUAGGUGCUGAUGCCGAAGCUAAGGAUGUACAUCUUGCUGAUGAAUUAGCAGAUAAGAAAAACAGUGAAAACAUUGUAAGCAACAAUCAGGACACAACUGGUGGUUUGGAUCUGUGUCCCUCUUCUGCUCCAGGUUUUAUCUUAUUGGAAUUAAAACAGGCUAAACUAAACUUGACCAGGACAACUAGUGAUCUUGCUGAUAUUCGAACCACUGUUGAAUCGUAUAAUAAGAAAAUUGAGAACGAAAGAAUCUUGCUUGAGAAGACCCGCCAAAGAUUAUCUUCAAGUUCUUCAAAGAUUUCAUCUCUUGAAGAAGAGUUGAAUAAAACAAAAGAAAAACUAAAGCUGGUGAAACAUGCUGAAGGUGGUGGUUCUUGUGAUCCUGUCGAUUUGACGAGGGAGCUCCAGAGACUGACUGCUGAGACUGAGCAGUUUAAGAAAGUAGGAGAAGCUGCAAAAUCAGAAGUAUUGAGGGCUAUGUCUGAGGUUGAACAUACAAAGACAAGGAUCAAAACAGCAGAGAUCAGGUUGGUUGCAGCCAAGAAGAUGAAAGCAGCAGCUAGAGCUGCUGAAGCUGUUGCUCUUGCUGAAAUCAAGGCCCUGUCAAGCAGUGAGACCACGUUUUCAACUUUACAACGAAGGCCUGAGGAAGUAGUAACUUUUACCUUUGAAGAGUAUUCAUCUCUAUUGUUGAAAGCUCAAGAUGCACAAGAAGCUAGCAAGCAAAGAGAAGUAGAUGCCAUGAUGCUAGUGGAUGAAGCUGAUGUGUCAAAAACAGAAAUCUUGAAGAAGGUAGAAGAAGCUACAGAAGAGGUUAAAGUUUGUAAGAAGGCGUUAGAAGAAGCACUGAGCAGAGUGGAGGCUGCAAAUGAAGGAAAAUUAGCAGUAGAGGAAGCUCUGCGCAAAUGGAGGUCUGAAAAUGGACAGAGAAGACGUUCAGUACAGAAUUCAUCCAAGUUUAAAAAUCCAUCCUCAUCUCAGCAUAGGAAAGACUCUGUCCUGGUUGAUGUCAAUGGCCUGACUCUUGUCAAUGAUGAGUUAAAACCAGUUCUAAAGCCAACUCUAUCAAUAGGGCAAAUAUUGAACAAGAAGUUGCUUUUGACAGAAGAGUUUGAGAAUGGAAUUCGGGCUGGAAAAAAAGCUGGAAAGCGUACAGUGUCUCUGGCCCAGAUGCUCGGGAAACCCACUGGUGAGUUGCAAUUAAGUCGAAAGGAUGAGAAAGAGAAUGGACUUAAGCAUCAUCUCCCUGCAAAAAGGAAGAAGUUUGGUUUUGCUAAGAUCUCUCAUCUUGUGACUCAACAUUCUAAGAAAAAGAAGCAGCACACUGCAAGUUUGAGGUGUAAAUCAGCUGAUUAAUUCAUUAUCAACUCGAUUUACACAAUGUGAAUAACUUAGGCAAGGACGACUACUAUCUUGGGAUUUAUCUAAUCUAGAUUGUGUUAGCUUGGUAUGUUUGCUUUGACUAAUGUAUGAUUCAAUUGAUUUUAUCUGUUUGUGUAGAUCAGCUUAUUGAAUUAUAACCAACUUGAUUGGUACCCUGUUAUUGAUUAUGUCAGGGACUUCCUUGUGGAUUAUUUAAACUUGAUUGUGUUAGCUUGAUUUGCAACUUCUGUUAUUGAUUA